AUGUUCAGCAGCUUGCUUCCAAUUCCAAAGGUGAUAGGGAAACAGAUUCCCAAAAGCAAUAGAACCCAGAAAAAUGAUCCUACUAAAUUAAUGUUGACAGACUCUAGCAGCUCUAGUAGUACCACCAUAGUUCACCAACCUUCAGACUCCAAGUCUUCAAAUGUGAUAAAAACCUUGCAUUUGACUAAUGGGUCUCUCGACUAUAGCAAAACCAUAGCAUUAGCGUCUUCCUCAACCCGGAGUGUGCAGUCCUCUUAUGAAGAUACCAUCCCAUUGAAAGUACGCUUCCCUCAUUUGAAGCAUUUCUUUCCCAAGCCCACUAAAGAAGAAAUUGACGAAUGUGUUGCAGACACUGCAGAGACUAUUCAAAAGAUUUUAUCAGAAAGCCUUGGUGUUGAUAAAAACCAGAAGAAAGACGAGGUUUCAUAUGUCAACUAUGAAUCGAAAUCCAUUGUUGGCGAUGUAGGGGACUCUGAUGAGGUUGAGGGUAGCGGAGGCAGAGGCAGAGUUCUCCAAAUUCGAAAUUUCCAAGAAGAUCCAAUGCUACCACCUAAGUUUAAGUUGCGUAAAAAUAGGCAUAAAGACCCAUCCCCACCUCCACCUAUACUUAAGAAGAACAGCAGUGGAGGAGCCCCUCUUACUAAGGAGGAUAAAGAGAAGUGGAAUAUUCCUUCGGCUAUUUCGAAUUGGAAAAACAACCAAGGUUUCACUAUAUCGUUGGACAAGAGAAUGGCUGCAAAUGACCAACUGCAAGAGGGAGAUUUGGGUUUGAAUGUUGAAAAGUUUGGUAACUUGUCUCAAGCACUAGAAGAUGCAGACAAGAAAGCAAGAGAAGAAAUCACUAUAAGAAACGAGUUGAUGAGAGAAUUGGCAAUCAAAGAGCAAAAGGAAAAGGAAGAAAAGUUAAGGGAAUUGGCUGAAGCUAGUAGAAGAGAAAGGUACAAGAGGCCAUCUAACGAAAGUUCAAAUCAACUGGCUAAGAGGAGAUUCUAG